UUAGCCAGUGCCGUGCCGGCGCCAUCAUCGAUCGCAUGAGUCAAGCGGCGCAAGCUUUAGAGCCUUUAUUUCUUCGGUAUUUGGACAUGCCCCGUUUCACGACUGGGCUUCCUUCCUGUGAAUCAUGAGCCGCAGCAAAGAGAUGCCGAUGUCAGUCGGGUGUAAAGCACAUAGAACCAUAUGCGCCUCGACUGCGGGCGCGUGUACCAGUGUAACGCGUUUCAUGUAAAUAUAACGGAUUCCAUUAGAGUGUAAUUAAGUGACGAUAUAUUGAAGUUCAUUCAAAAGUAAAUUAUUUUUCGUAGUUUAAUAUUUAUAAAUGAUUGUGUGGAAUGUUUAAUACAAAACAUGGAGCUUUUGCUGUUCUUCUUGGUGUUAACAGUGUUUUGGAAAACCUCAUCGUGUGUGCUAUGCUUCAAAUGCUUUCCCGAAGACGUCGAUUAUGACAUCAACAAGCCAUUAUGCAAACACUUUGACGGCAGCGAUAAAUACAUAGAGAACUGCACCAAAUCUACAAUGUGCUCCAAAAGAGUUACCACAUUAAGCGUAGGGAAUGGAAUGUCAUCAGUAAGCGUGCACCGAGAUUGCGCAAUACAAAGUUUGGGUCAAGAGCAGAUACAAUUAAACGGAAAGUGGCACCGAGAAACCGUAAUUCACGAAGUCCAUGAGGAGGGUUGCGACGAAGACAGCAAUGACUUGGAAAGACUAACGAAAACACUAAACUGUCAUUGCCGUGGAAACUACUGUAAUGGGUCUAUAGCCAAUGUUAUAAAUUUUAAGACGAUAUUAUUAACAAUUCUUAUUUAUAUUUUUAAAUUUAGUUAAUAUUAAGUUUAGUUUAGCGGUGUAAAUGUUACUUCCUUUUUAGCAAACAAUGCGUUUUGGUGUACAAAGUAUCUUAAAACGUUUUGACGACUCAAAUAAGAACGACUAAUUUCGAUCCUAUUUAGGCCUGUCGCGAACUCCAUACAAUUGUUAGUCACAGUUCAGGUUACUGUUCAUUUUCACCUUUUGAAAUAUUAGAUGCAGGCUUUAUUUUGAGGUACUGUAGAACGAUCAUUUUGUAGUUGCUCUACAGGCGUUAUUUUGGGGUACAAUAGAACUAUCACUUAAUAGUUGCACUACAGGCGUUAUUUUGGGAUACUACAGAACUAUCACUUUUUAUUUGCUCUACAGGCGUUAUUUUGGGGUACUAUAAGAACGAAAACUUUUUAGUUGCUCCAUGAAAAAUAGAUUCAUCAUUGCUAUUACAGAGUAUAUUUAUUUUUAUUUUAUUUAUUAGGUUUA